AUGUACCUCAUGUACUACCUCGACGAGAAGGGCAACCGGGUUUACACCCUGAAGAAGACCGCCCCCGACGGCAGCCCGACCCAGUCCGCGCACCCCGCCCGAUUCAGCCCCGACGACAAAUUCUCCAAGCAGCGCGUCGCGUGCAAGAAGCGCUUCGGCCUCCUCCCCACGCAGAAGCCCAUCCCCGAGCUCUAA